AUCUCUAUAAAUCUCCAUGCCAUCUCUGAACCCCAAAUAGCAACAAGAUCUAGAUUCUCUCAAAGAAAAUGGCAGCUUUGGCUCUUUCAUGUCCCUCUAACUCCUUGUACAGAUCUUCCUUCUCCCCAAUCCCUGCCAAAUCAACAGUAGCCCCUGCUCCUCGACUCAGGGUCUCGGCCUCCGCCGCCGCCGCCGCUCCGGCGAUGGCCACGAUGUACGAUCUUCUCUCCGUGUCCCGGACCGCCGGGCCCAGCGAGAUCCGCACGGCGUACCGACGGGUGGCCCUUCGGUGGCACCCGGACGCGUGCCGCUCCGCCGGGGAGGAGCGCCGCUACGCGGAGCGCUUCAUGGAGGCGCGGGAGGCCUACGAGGUGCUCUCCGACCCCGUCCGCCGCCGCGACUACGACCUGGCCCUCUCCGGGGGCCGCUGGGCCUCUGCCGUCGGCGCCGCCACGGUCUUCCGCGAGGGGCGCCCUCGCGGGCGAGGAGGCGACGCGGUGGCGUUUGGGAACUGGGAAACCCAACUGGACGGGCUCCGGCGGCGGUCGGACGUGGCGGAUGCCGGCGGGAAGGAGGAGACGUGGGGCGGCCGCGUGCGCCGGGCCCGCAGCGCCGCCGUCUAGUGGAUUGAGUCUGUGGCGGCGCGAUUGGCGUCAAUAUAUUGGAAGGCUCCGAUCGAACGAGUGAUUCGAGAAUUGAUUUGCUGGAGGCGACUCGAUCGAAGAAUCGACCUACAAAUCUACAAAACGAUCUUCAAAUAUUCAACAGAUUCAAGACCAUGAAUCUACCAGUUUUUAGUUCUUUUUGGGUGUAAUUUCCAUCACCGAACAGAUCAAUCGAUAUGUAACUUCGUAAUUUCCAGUGAUCGAGAGGCUAAUGGCCUUACAUUAACUGAAGUUUUUUUUUUUUGG